ACGGCUUUAGGCACGAGGCUUAACCUUUUCUGGACGUUUUCCAAACUUCCCUCAAGCUACGCUGAAAGCCCUGGUAAACUCUUUACUACGUCUGAGAUAAUCUUACGGGCGCAUUCAGUUGGGACGGAAAAUUGUGCAUAAAUCACGGUAAAACUGCGUGGCAAUAUAUCUCAAGUAGAAUCACGGUUUGUUUUACGAAGAUCUAUAAACUUAAGAUGAUGUAGUCUUCGAACUUGAGGAAGAAGUGGAGACAACUUCAACAACACGCUUGAAAUAUUAAUGCUCAGCAGAUCAGCAGCAAGAUCUCUGUCUUGAGCCCCCAGGUGACUGAGAUCAAGAUGAGUUGGAAGCGCUGAAACGAACGAAGUUUCGUGAGAAAUGUUGUGAAAAUUUCGCUGUGAAUACACUCAACAUUAUUUUAUGGCGGAAGAAACAGGAUAUGUCUGACAAUGAGCGGAAGCAUAAGAAAUUUCAUUGUUAUCAACAGGAUCAUAUUUUGGGUCUUGAUCGUCGUUUUACAGCGUUCAUCUUCUUACACGUCCCCUUUUCCUCUUGUGUGGGGCUCCCCAUAUCUAAGCGCUGAACAUUACUGGCCGAUGCACAACAUUACGAACGGAAUUUUGGAGGAUGUUAGAGGGGCAGCUCAUACAGUCGUGCAUGAAGGAAAGAUUGUUAUAGUUCCUCAGCUGGGGUAUGCAUUGUCCUUAGAUGGAAAGGAUGACUGGGUGGAUACUGGUGGUUUUAACGCAGAUUGCGUGACAGAACCCUCAAGAUGUGAGAAUGGAUUUACGAUGUCAUUUUGGCUCAAAGUACAUGGAACUGGGUACAUCUUAUCUUCGGGAUCCUUUACGAACAAAAGGAAUGGUCCAGGAUAUCAACUAUAUUACCACCAAAGCUUGAAACGUUUUAAAUUUCUUCUUGAAACGAGAGAUAAAAAAUGGACGUUGUUUAUUCACGAGGAAGUCGGGCUGUGGACCCAUAUGGCUUUUACAUGGAGAGAACGGAAUGGACUUUCGUAUUACGAGGAUGGGAAUUUGAGCUCGUUUACAGACAAGCCCGAAAUUGUGUCUGCUUUGCGCCAACAGAACUACACACCUGUUAUCACACUUGCUCGACCCAGCAGCAGUUUGGAUCUCAAGAAAUUUGGAAAGUUUGAAAUUUCUCAGUUUGCCAUCUGGCAAAAAGAACUUUCAGCAGCAGAUAUUGCAGGAGUGUAUGGAGAUGGACUCUCUUAUAAUUCAAACUUUGCCAUGUGUUGUCAUUUCAAAUCAGUGAGCCCAUGCAUGAAAAAUCCAUGUCACGACCCUGAACAUUGUCGCAGAAUCAUGGAAUCUGCUGAGAGGAAGUGUAUUUGCCCCAGUGUCAAUCUUCGGCUUAAAACUUGUAAAGCAAAGAUAACAGGUGAAUGUGAGGAUAAGAGUACAAGUUGCGCCGUGUUUGCAUCACAAUCUGAAUACUGCAAACGAAGAAAAAUGCGUGAAAUUUGUCCGCGGUCUUGCAAUUACUGUGCCCCUGCGCGUCCUUUUACCACGCUGAAACCGACACUGGAGACUUCGUCGACUUUCAUGUCUAGAAUAUCUCGGAAAUCCCGAAAUCCCUCCACGGUGAUCCCGACUAACGGGGGUCCCACGGGUAGUGGGUUAACCACAAACCCGACUAGGACCCCGACUACAGCCAGAAGAGGUAAAAGAGGCGAAUCUUGUGAUGGACUGACCUGUGAGUACCAUGAGCGCUGUGUGAACACUUCGCAUGGUUAUGUCGAAUGUAAAUGUCCUCAACAUACUUGCCAUAACGCCAGAAAAAUAAUCUGCGGCACAGACGGCAAAACUUACCUGAAUAUGUGCGUAUUGAGGAAAGAAAUAUGUCGCGUAAAACAGCAAAUAAAGAAGAAACACGAUGGUCGUUGCAGCGGAGAACUAUUUCCCAGUGCGACGCACUAUUGGCCACUCAAUAAAGUUUCUCAGGAGAAAAAGGUGAAUGAUUUACGAGGCAACAGCAAUGGUAAUGUUUACAAUGGAGUCAAGCAGUCGACCGCUGAUCAAAUUGGAGGAGUACUGACACUAGAUGGUAAAGAUGCUUUCAUUGAACUGUCAGGUUUCAAAGAGGAAUGCAUCGUGGACCCUUCUUCUUGCUCAGAGGGUUUGUCGGUGGCAUUUUGGAUAAAAUACAUCAAAGGCGAAUUCAUUCUUUCAAGUGGACACUACACCUCAUCAUCGGUCGGCCCAGGGUACCGAUUUGUCUGUGAAAAUUGUGGACCCCAUUUGACUUCGUCAGGGAGGUUUAUCUUGGAACUUUCCAACCAUUCGCACAAAUGGAGAAUUCUUCUCGAUUCCCUCCCUAAAUGGUGGUUUCACUUCGCUUUUACCUGGAGUCGAAUGCACGGUCUGAAGUUCUACAAGAAUGGCAGAUUAGCCGUUAAGAGCAAAAAACCGGAUUUUAUAAGGAAUGGAGGCAAAGCUACUAACAAAAUAUCGAUUGGAAAACCCAACUCCCUUAACAGUAUUUUCAUGCCGAAUAAACAUGGAGAGUUCAGCAUCGGGCACUUUGCUAUUUGGAUAUACGAGUUGUCUUGGGAUAAUGUUGAACUGGCUUUUUUGUCUUCUCUUACGAAGACAACUUCUUCAAUAAAAUGCUGUCACUCCAUGAAAGCUGAUCCUUGCGUAAAGAAUCCUUGUCACAACGGUGCAACUUGUCAGCGGUUGGAGAACAGAUAUAAAUGUAUCUGCGAGGUCAACAACCUGAACAGGAACUGCGAGCAUGCUCCUGUGCCUUGUGAAGACGCUAUCGAUAAUUGCGACCGGUUCGUUCAACAGGAUGGGUACUGUAAAAGUCACAAACGACGAAUGUGGAGCAUAUGUCCUAAAGCCUGCAACUUUUGUCUUGGAGGCUCCGAGAAAGCAAUACGUUCAACACAAGUAUCGGCUUCCGCGAGUUUUAAAACGAAUGUCCGACUCACUGAAACAACACCACGCAGUCAAAUUGUGGGAGAGACACUUCAAAGUGAAAACCGCAGCGCCCAGAGUACAAGAGAAGGAGGUGAAAUUUCCAUUACGUCAAAAGUAGCGUACACGAAGCACGGAUCAAAGAUGGCAUCCAUGUUGAGCUCAAAACCCGUAGAAGCAAGCGACAUGAAAGACAACAGCCGCUCACGAUCAGGAUAUGAAAUGAUCGGCACGUUUGAUAAGAGAGUUAUCAUUAGCACAAAAAUACCAUCUUUGUUCAGUGAUUUUACGCCUAAAGGUAGUACAACCCGAACGCAUAGCAUGUCGACGGCUAUAAGGCCCCACAAAACUUCUCAGCUUUCGUCAGCAUCCAGUUCACGCACCACAGUCAUCAAAGAGUCUUUGUCGAUCACAAGUGUCACUGCAUUUCAGGAUUCAGAGUCAUUUUCAAGUACCGCCAUUUCUAAAGUUUCAUCAUCGAUAUCUCUUAAAAAAAGUACCGGCGAUGAAUCGUACGCUAAACACACUUCGACAUCAGGGCAUGUCAAAUACACGAACACACCAUCUUCAACCGAAACGCCAGUGAAUUCCAUCAAAACAACAUCAAUAAUCUCGCUUCCCGUAGCAACAGGUCAUUUUUCAUUCACCUUAGCUCAGACGUUGCUCUCAUCUACGGUCGCUGUGCAAGAGAAAGCUCCAUUAACUUGUAACAUAAAUAAUGUCACUUGCGUUUGUUUUAACUGCGGGCAAGUGCGUCCAAAGGGAGGCAUUUGUUGUAUGGAUCAUGUCGACAAUACGAAAACUCAACAAGGAGUUGUUAUUAAUAUGAUUAACAUCACAGUUGAGAGCUUCUAUCCAAAAGUAAACGUCGUUGCGAAAGUUAUCGAAGGAGUGAUUUGGGAUUCGUGCAUGACUAACUCGUCCCUUUGCUUAGGCGAAGAAAAUGUUUUAGAGGCCAUACGUGUUCGUAAGAAGCGUUCGGCACAAAGUUUUUUCUUCAAUGACGACUUUCUGUUAGACAUUUUAAGGAUAAAGCGAGACUCAGAAUCGGGUCAUCAUAGCUCACAAUUUCGUGCAUCACCAGUUAACGAAGGAGCACUUCGUCCUGAUAUUAAACCCUCUAAUAUCAAUAUCACCCGGGUACAUGUGAUAAUAUACGGUAUUUACUCCAAGGCCGGGACUCCAAGUGCAGUUGGAACGGCCUUUUACGUCACGGUGACGUCACUUAGCAAUGGAACCAAUCACACGCAAGUUCUUGAUGGCAAAGGUUUACUACAAAUUCUCAGGGAUAAGAGAAAUGUUCUUGAGAAUAAAUUAAAUAUAACUAUUGACUCAUUCUCAGCUGCACUGCCGUCUGAAAGCUUGACGCCUUCUUCAGCAUUGAUGCCUAACCCCUCUGCCCCAAGCAAGAACCUGCAGACACCCUUAGCCUCCCCUGAAGUUCCAACAUCAGCCGUACAGGGCAGCACAGAUGGGGAUGACAGCAAAGGCAUUUCCCAGGGUAUGCUCAUCCUCAUUAUCUCCGCAGCCAUCGGGGGCCUGGUACUACUUGUUGUUCUAUCCGUGUUCAUAUUUACUCGCUUCUACAGAAAAUUUCAACAACAGGGAAUGCAAACGAAUACAGAUCACGUGGGAAACAGCGCAGUGACAUUUUGUUCCGUGAAAGGAGUGGAAAUUUCCAAACCAAACUCCAGUCAGCCGUACCUUCCCAUACAUCGGUAGAGGGCGCCUAGUCAGUUUACCAGCCAGUCAGAGAAAAGAAAUUACGACCAUGUUACCAGAAUGGACCAAUCGGUGACAAGUCAACACUCACGCUCACUGCUCAUAGGUCCGUUUAGGUCACGUGUUCGAAAAGAAGUGAUUCUGAAUAGCUGGUAACCUGAACCAUGGCGCCUUCGAUUUGUCUCCAAAGAACUUACAGUUACCUUUGGGCUUUUCGCAGUCUUCUUUGAAGUCAUUACGUAUUAAUAAAUGCUGGGCAUUUUUUUUUAAUUUCAGCAAAUUACAGGAUAAUUUCGUUUUCAAAAGGAGACUUUUUAAUACAAGAAAAAGGAUCGAUUCAGUCUUCUUUUUUGUUAAGCGAAUAUACGAAAAGAAUCGAAUUUUGUUCAAAAUAGACCGUGAAGUUAAAUUAUGUAAAAUACGUUUGUCUGGAGAAACCGCGAUAUAAAUGAUAAGAACAUGGUCUUUCCUUUUUUUAAGAUAAGUGGUAAUUUUCACCACUCUAGCUUUUUUUUACCCAAAUCGUUUGAACUGAAUUAUUAGGAUUGAAACAACUUUUCGUUGCAAAUCGAAAUUAGCCAAAUCGAAGGACAAAAUGCAAUUGUCUCUUAGUGCACAAUUAUCUCUAAAUAUCCAAAUAUAGAUGCGAAAUUCACGUUAUUGUUCUUGCUGCGAACUGUCGUUUUUUGUUUUGUUUUUAUUUUGCCAUGCAGACUUCCAACUUAAAUAACCAAUCGCAGUCAGUCACUAGACUUGCCUUUGAGUUCUCAUUGGUUCGUUAUGAUAGAAACCUUUGUUCUAAUUGGCCGCUGCUUUAACAAAUAGUAUUUCUCAAUUACCAAGUGAGGAAGAAGUUAAGUGUCGAUGUUCACCGAAAGUUUGAACGAGACUGUGAUUUCUAACAGCAACCCCUUUGUCAAGUGCUUAAGAGUAAGAAUACAAAAAACUUAAACUCGAAAGUUUCA